CGUUAGGUAGGAGUUAUUCGUUGAAGUAGUGUAGCAUUGGAGUUUAUUGUUUUUCGUUUCAACAUCGUAGAAAAUAUUUCGGAUAAAAUGAAUUUCUAUUAUAAAAGAGAAUGGUGCCAAUAAAAUGAAAAUUUGCGAUAUUUUGACGAUAAUUUUAUUUCUUCUUGAACAAGACCAAUAUCUUGCGGAUAUAUCACUAUGCCCUUUGGAUUUCUACCACGAGAAACUGCAGGAGAGAGUGGAAACCGAUAAAGAUGAGAUCCCAACCGGAUUGACCAUACGCGACAUCUUGCCCACAGAUCCCAGCAAAUACGACAAAAUGAGACCGCCGAAACGCGACGGAAACCCCACGAUCGUUCAUUUUCACGUUACAGUCAUGGGUCUCGACAGUAUCGAUGAAAAUUCAAUGACUUUUACUGCAGAUAUAUUCUUCGCGCAAACUUGGAAGGACCACAGAUUAAGGCUGCCCGAGAACAUGACGACAGAGUACAGACUUUUGGAAGUUGAAUGGCUGAAGAGCAUGUGGCGACCGGAUUCGUUCUUCAAAAACGCCAAAUCAGUAACAUUCCAGACGAUGACAAUACCGAAUCAUUACAUGUGGUUGUACAAAGAUAAGACUAUAUUAUACAUGGUAAAAUUAACCUUACGAUUAUCGUGCUCAAUGAAUUUCAUGAUAUAUCCUCACGAUACGCAAGAAUGCAAAUUGCAAAUGGAAAGCCUAUCACACACUACAGACGACAUGAUCUUCCAAUGGGACCCCGAUGUACCUUUAGUAGUCGAUGAAAAUAUCCAACUUCCCCAACUGGCCUUGGUUAAAAACAAUACAGCUGAUUGUACCCAAGUGUAUUCUACCGGCAAUUUCACGUGCUUGGAAGUCGUAUUCGUGCUGAAAAGAAGGCUGGGAUACUACCUGUUUCAUACUUACAUACCCACGUGUUUGAUUGUAAUUAUGUCGUGGGUGUCUUUCUGGAUUAAACCAGAAGCGGCUCCGGCUCGGGUUACUUUAGGAGUGACUUCGUUGCUCACGCUCUCCACGCAGCACGCGAAAAGCCAAGCAGCCUUACCACCUGUAUCAUAUCUGAAAGCUGUAGAUGCCUUCAUGUCGGUUUGUACCAUCUUCGUGUUCAUGGCUUUGAUGGAAUAUUGCUUGGUGAACAUCGUACUGGGCGAUUCGGAUGCACCGAAACCGCCUCCAAAAAACCCACCGAUUAAUUUGGAUAGAACUAAAGAUAACUCUUUGUUGCUGAACGCCAAUAAAGGAGCGCCGGCUGGCAUCCCGCAGGCGCAGAAACAGAGAAAUAGAGCGAUAAAUAUAGACAGGUGUUCGAGGGUAGGGUUUCCCUUGUUAUUCGCGCUGCUAAAUUGCACGUAUUGGAUACUAUUUGCGGAAUAUAUCUAAAACAAAUUUAGUUGUGUGUAUACAAUAAAAUAAUCUAUAUAGGAUUUGUUUCAAAGUAAUGCAUGUAGAAAGUACUGAAUUUAGUUUGUAAUCCUUUAAUUUGGUUUACAUAUUGCAAAUGUGAACAUUAUAAGACGCUUUAUUGAAAUAAAUUUAAAACAUCGUGGAAAAAGUUAGUAAAUUUGUACAUAAAAAUCUCAUAACUCUAAUAAUGCAAAAACAAGUACACAAAUAUACAUAGACAUAAAAUAAAACAAACAGAUUCAUUUAAAAGGCGUUAGUAACACUAAAUAUUGCAUAUAUAAAAAGUACAAAAAAAAUA